UCGCCCCGCCCCACCCCCGCGGGAAGGUGGCGGCGGCCGUGCACCUGCGGCGGGGACGGACGGACGGACGGACGGAUAUGCACGGGGCGGGAGCGCCGGCAGAAGCGGCCCGACGGGGCGCCCCCCUCACCUCUGCCGCGCACCGGCAAGGGGCGGACAACAGCCGCCCCGCGUGGACAGGGGUGGGUGACAAACUUUAGGAGAGUCACCCCCGCGUGGGCGGGGGCUGCUCUGCGGUGCCCCGUGCGGUGAAGUUUUUCACGAGAGAAGGCUUUCGUAGAGUGCCCCAGGGUGCGCCUCUUUCACGCGUAAAGCAAAGCAUCGGACGGUGGAGCAAACCCGCGUUUGCGGGCGCUGCCGCCCCACGCGGGGCACAAACUUUAGGAGACACGGGCUUGUGGCSGCCCAGCCCGCGGCACAGCGUCCCUCGCCGCCGCGCAGUGGCAGCGGCUCUGCCGCGCGUCGCGGGGCUGUCAGCAAGAACCGCGCGGGCAUUUUCCACGUGGGAGGCAGGAAAUAAACACGAAAUCRAGCAUCAGGUUGCGGCGCGUGGAACAACCGGUGGUACUGAGGCAUGGGUGUUCGGUGCUGGCGGCCCCGGCCCCCUGCGCAGCACGACCCAAGUUUAGUGUCAAUUUAACUCUAUACCGUCCCGCUCCCGGCCGACUCCCGGCCGCAAGCUUGGGAGGAAUAAAAACUGGGAUAUAAAAAAAACCCACAAAAGUGGAUCUCGGCAGGUCUGGACUGCGGUCCGGACAGAAAACUGCCGGGCGCACUCUGUCCCGCCUGGCCGCGGCUUUCCGCGGCGCGGGGCAGGGAGCAUCCGCACCCUUGUCCCGGUUGUCGCGGAGCGUUGCCCGGCCGCUGAYAGCGGGGAGGAGCGGCUGAACGAGGGGAAACAGCCUCAGGCUUGCGGGCAGCGGGGGAAUACACCGGGGAGAGGGAAUAAAUGUCCUGCGGAGGGCCGAGCGGCAGAGGAGAGCUGCAGGGCACUCGGCGACAGGCCCCUACUUCGGAUCAACUCAUUAUCCCGAAUAAACGAUGUGUCAUUCCCAUUAUUUAUGUUUCACUGCAGCCAAAGUAUCUGGACCUCGUUUUGCAGAUGUGUUUGCACCUCCAAGACAUGGAGGUUGUUGGAACAGUCUUUGCCAUGAGGAAAGGCCCACAUCCAGCACCAAGGUACUCUGCUGGUGUACCUGUAUCCUCCCUGCUGAUUAAACACCACGCUGUAAGGGUAGAAGGCCCACUGGGACACCCUGGAGUGAAGUUUGCUGCAAAGAUGUUUGCGCAUUUUGUAUCCAGACUUUUGCUUCUUGCGUUAGAUCCAGCACGGGUCAAAGUUGCUUUACAUCACCUUGACUGGUUCCAAAGGAAGCCUUCCAAUAAAGGGAUCAUUGCAACAUGGCCUGUUGAAAUACGUCCAGCUCCUGAAAGCAGGCUGGCAGCAUGUCSUCAGUGUGGGACACGGCCACUCCCCGGCCCAGCCAGCAGAGAGAGGGACAGCUUUUGGGUCUCCUGCCAACUGCCUCGUACAGGGAGGAGAGAGGGAACAUCCAAAAUGAUGCUUCUCUGGUGGGGUAGAUUAACUGAAUGGAGCUACCCAGGUGAAGGAAUAAACCUUGAAAGCAGAACUGAAACCCAUAUCUUCACCUGAAAAAGACAACAGCUUUACUCAGUAAAAAUAAAUGAAAAGUCACGACUUUGGACACCUUUCCUAAAUUCCAGGGAAAGGUGUUCUGCUUUGUCUGGGUGCCUCAGAGGCCGGUGUGUGCUUGGUGCCAUCGCCAGAGAGAGGUGCAGCAGUGUGGUGAUGGUGAGGAGGACAAGACCUGAGGUUGGAGCACCUCAGGUGGGGAGCAAUGUGCUCACAAAACAAUUUCCAAAGGGAGCCUGAGAAGUUACAGGUGACCAAAAAGUCAUGGUGUGACAAGACCAUGCACCAGACCCCACAGCUGGAAUUGCUGUCCCAAAGAAAUCUUACACCUUCUUGGGAAGAGGGGACUCUGCCUCAGUGCUUUUCUGCUUUCCAAAUAYGGGCUGGCUGAGGAGCCUGCUGCAAGCAGCGCUGGCCCAGAUGGUGGCAAUGUCCUGUGGUGUCAUUAUGGACCAGCUGCUGGAGGGUGGGAUGCCUGCACAAGCACAUGGAGACACAGGGAGAGCAGACGGGUGUCCAUACACACGAGUGCU